AGCGGGUCCAGAUGCCGUCAGUGUAACCCUCCGCCGAGUGACAAGGCGCAGGUGGCGGGAAAGUAGAAAACAACAGAUAGAGUUUGAUUGAAAUAUGGCUAAUAAAGGUCGAAAAAAUCCAAUUAAAAACCAGAAAGAAAAGGCAACCUAUAAUUCGCUGUAUGAAUUCAAUGAAGAUGAUACAAAAAAACUGGGGAGCAGCUAUGAGACUGAACAGCUAGAGGAGGCCACGAUGCAGCUUGGGAGGAAACGGUUGGCAUCCAGUGCAGUGACUGAUCAGGAAGAUGAAAUGGAUGACAUUAAUGUGGGUGGUGAUGUGGCCACCAUGCUUGAACGGUUUGGAGCUGAUAUUAAUAAAGCUAUCCUGGCUAAGAAGAAACGACUGGAGGUGUACACGAAAUCAUCAUUAAAGACCAGCAACCAAAAGAUAGAACAAGUGUGGAAGGUGCAACAACAAGAAAGGCAAAAGCUGACUGAUGAUUACUGUAAGCAGUUUACUGGAAUCUUUCAGCAGUGGGAGAAAGACAUUCAGAAGGCCAAGGACCAAGAAGAGAAAAUAGAAAAUUUAGAGGAAUUGGAGAAGAGUCACACAGAACAACAGUCGGCUGUACAGAGUGAACUUCGCAAGGAGAUGGCCCUCUUUCAGAAAAGGAUUUUAAUGGAUACUCAACAACAGGAGAUGGCUACAGUACGGAAAUCUCUACAAUCUAUGCUAAUGUGACAGCAUUCAGGAGAUACACUGCUUGGAAACCAUUCUACGAAAUGUGGCUUUGUAACAGUAGCUGAGUUUAUAGUUGAUAUUUUAAAAUGCUGGUUAAUUUUAAAUCUACUUUCAUGUUAAUUGUAGCAGUAAAGAUUAAGCUUUUCUGUGCUUGCCCAUUUGG